AUUCGUAUUCGCAUAUUCAAAUGGGUUCUGCUCCCUCCCGAGAAUUAAGUCGCAGUGAGCGCCAAGAUGAGCUAGUCAAGAUGAUACCAGGUGGCGCUGCCAAGGUUAUUCGUCGUCCAAAAACAAAUCCAGAUGGGUCAAACAUUGUUACCCGCUCUAAUUUUGAGUUUCCCUUGAAAUAUUGCGCCACUCUCGUCAAGGAGUUCUGCAAGUCAAUGGGAGUUGAUCCAAAACAGCAGAAGUACAUUCGUAAUACGCUUAGGACCUCUUGUGGUAUUGAUGUGGACUUGGAAAAGGUACAGAUUGGUUCUGCUACUUCAAAUUGAUCAAACAUAAGAUGGUAUCAAGGAGAUUCCUGGAUAAAUUGAGUGUUUGUAUUAGUAGUUAGUACCACCACCUACUCAAUCCUGUUAAUUAUCUGUUACUGGUAGUUUGUGAAUUCAGUCAUGAGCUUUAAUAUUACUUGUUUUUCUUUUC